AUGGCGUAUCUAAUUCUCUACGUCUACGACAUUAUUUUGACUGCAUCAACUUCAGCUCUACGGGAUAUGAUUAUCACGGUCCUCAAAGCAGAGUUUCCCAUGACUGAUCUCGGCUGCAUUCAUUCGUUUCUUGGAGUCUCAUCAAAAUUUAAUGAACAAGGCCUCUUUCUUUUGCAAGCUCGCUAUGCAGAAGAAAUCAUCGAACGCGCCAACAUGAGCCACUGUAAACCGUGCACAACCCCAGUCGACUUGAAGUCUAAGCUAGCUGAAGAUGGUGGCAAACCAGUUAAGAGAGCAACCGAGUACCGAAGCCUAGGAGGGGCGCUUCAAUACCUAACCUUUACUCGACCUGACAUCUCUUACACAGUCCAACAGGUUUGCUUGUUCAUGCACGAUCCACACGAACUCCAUCUUCAAGCUCUGAAACGUGUGAUACGUUACCUACAAGGAACUAAAACCAUGGGACUGCAACUUCUGAAGAAACAAAAGAUGGCUCUCACGGCAUACACGGAUGCGGAUUGGGCAGGGUGUCCCUCAACAAGACACUCAACCUCCGGCUACUGCAUCUACAUGGGUGAUAACUUGGUGUCCUGGUCUGCGAAACGUCAGCCCACGGUGUCGCGAUCAAGCGCAGAAGCGGAAUAUAAAGGCGUUGCCAAUGUGGUAGCUGAAGCUUGCUGCCUACAGAAUUUCUUACUUGAGAUGGGAAUACCUCUUACACAAGCCACCGUCGUAUAUUGCGACAAUGUGAGUGCUGUCUAUCUCUCUACAAACCCUGUCCAGCACCAACGGACUAAGCACAUAGAGAUUGAUAUACACUUCGUGCGCGAGAAGGUCCAUAUGGGAGAGGUACGCGUCUUUCACAUUCCAUCUACACUGCAAUACGCCGACAUCUUCACAAAAGGUCUUCCCACUUCGUUAUUCACAAGCUUCAGGUCCAGUCUUGGCGUGCGAAAACCCACGCUCCAAUUCCGGGAGGGUAUUAGAUAA